CAAUUUUCAAUUUGGUAUUAAGUUUAUCAAGUUUUUUAUAUUUUCGAGAAAAAUAAUUUUCGAUCAAAUGUUAGUUAUCCACGUGUCAGGCUAAAAAGUUUGUCUUUCAAUGUGCGCGUUUCGUUAAAGAAAACAAAGAGAUCGAAGAGAAACAAAAACUAGUUUCUAAAGUUUUCCAAAAAUUGCCUUUGGAAAAAAAAUUCUAAAAAUGGAUACAUCAUUUUCACCCAAUCCGAUAUCAACCGUACAAUUUAUACCAGUAAUAACUUAUCUGAACCUCUUGGGCGAUUUUUUAUUCUGUGAAAAUUUCCUAAACGAAAUUGAUCAACGAAAACAAAUUCCGAUUGUCAACGCACUUUAUGAGUAUUUAGAAAGAAAUUACGACAAUCUUUCACAGAAUUUAAAAUUAAUUCGAAGUUUGUUACAAGGCAGUGAUCUGUACGGGGAGCUAGAGAAUGAGGACAUUGACGAGGUUUUCGUUAACGUAAUGUUAGAUUAUAUAAUUACCUCCCUUGUAUUUGACAAAUAUGGAAAUAUAUAUGGUUUUUUGGCCAACGUAUUUCGUGGGAGGGAACAAUUAAAAUAUUACCAUAUUUCAAAAACGAUGAAAGAGGAACUUACGAAUGCAAGAUUCGAGAAUGAAUACGGUCCGAGUUCGUCUCUUAGCAACUUGUCGAUCAGUAGAAUCAUAAAUGAUAUCAUAAUGCCACUGUUUCCAGUUCCCUCAACAGAUCAAAAUCUAUUGUCUCUAGAUUAUUCUUUUGCACAAGCCGGUUCACUUUAUCUCCGUCUUGGCAGAUUGAGUGACUCCUAUUAUUCUCUUAAUGAAAAAUUCGAUUAUCCAGAAGAUGAAAAUUUAUUUGAACAAUAUAUAGCGACUGGUUAUUUUGUACAAAUACAUCAUUACCAAAAAAUUGAUACACCUUAUUCGGCACUGCGAGCAUUUGCUCUUCCAGUUCUCAUCCGCUAUAUAACAACUGAGGAAAAAUUAAACAACGUAGAUAUAAAAAAUUUAAUCAACGAUCCCUAUCACUGGAAAGUGGCAUAUGACAAAUUUUUCCAAAACGUAGAGGAAGCUUUUAUGGAAAUUGAAACCCAAUUAUCAAAUGACUAUACAUACAAAAUGCAUCAAUCUUUUUCGUAUUUUCAAAAUCGUGUCCUAAUGGCAGCAGUUGUUUUGAAUACAUCUUGCGCUCAUUUAGAUGAUUCAGUGAGGAAUAAUUUACUCCCUUACUAUAUGCAUUAUGGCGAGGAAAUUCAAUGCAAAGAUGAUGAAGUAUUACCAAACAUAAACGCAUGGUUCCUGAGCCAAAUUAAAAAUGUUGGUAAUGUAUACGAAACUUUUGAUUUAAACAUAUUGGGUAAUUUUCUUAAUGAAUCGCCAAUAGGAAAACUUCGCGGUGUUAUUGUGUACUUGGUAACUCCAAACAAUUUUAACCCAUCGGAACAUUUAUCCUAUGACUUACUUCAAUUUCACGAUAUGAGUAACAAUGUAUCGGACUACUUUGCAUUAGUAUGGGAAAAAUAUACCGCAAGUCUAAAAUGCGAAAUUGAAGAUCCGGAAUAUUUUCAGAAAAUAAUCGGUCCAUCUAGGGAUGACCUGGUAAAUACCGGAAAACGAAUUAUUUUAAAAUCUGCCAACCAGAGUGUUGAUGUGUUUAUCAACGAAAUUGUAAAACACAAAAAAAGACGACUUGAAUACUUUUUGACUUAUUCUAAUACAGAUGAUAGAGAAUGGUGGAAGGAAUUCGGUCUGUCUCUUGUGCCAUUUUACCCCUGUUUAGAAAACAUGGACGAAAAAUAUGUGGAAGUUCACAAAAAUUUGUGUGCUAGAGAAGAUAUUCACUUUCUAAACAAAUAUUCAAUUGUCCUACCACCUAUAAUGGACGUCUCAUCCCGAAAUCUUAUAAAAUUUUACGGUACAACGGAAAGAGUGGUAUUUUUAAAAGAAAUUAUACUCAAAGUAUCGGAUCGUUUGUUCAACUUUUCGAGAAAAAAUACAAGUCCAGAAGAAAUUGCAAUAGUAACGAAUGAAUUUUACAAUAAACUAGCCUUGGAUCUAGUGGAACCUAAAUUCGAAUUCUUGUCUUUUAGAUCAAAAGAGAUGAGGUUUAUGCAGAAAGUAUUCAGCACUCUACAAACGGAGAUAACCCAAUCGUUUGAAAGUGUCAACAAUAUGCUGGAUCGAAUAUCAAACUUACAAAGUUCCUCUAAAAUCAUAAUUAAUGAAAAUAUUAAUAAUUCAAAUCAGUCGUUGCUUGUCAAUAGUCGUAACAACAUCACCGGUUUUGGUUACAAAUUCAAGUACAUCGACGAACUGAAUAAUAAAAUCAAAAUCGUGGAACUAAGAACAGGUUACGAACUAAAAGAAAAAAUAUUCAUUUCCCCCAGUUGGGAUUCAUCACAAGGUCUCAAGAUACACACCAAAUAUGACAGUACCCCAAAUAAUAGUGUCAUAUUCAUAUCCUCUACCCACAAUUCAUCUAAAAUUGAAGAAUUACUCCUAAAAAUCGAAAAUGGAACCCUUGUACCACUAAAUAAGACAACACAACUAAUAUAUGAGGUUAACAAUCAACUUUGGAAUACAAGCAUUAAAAGUAUCUUCCACGGAAUUGCGACACAUGAUCACAACGAUGAUCUUUGUAAUUUUGACGAUUAUCUACAAACAGCAGGAGAAGUUUGCUUUAGACAUGCCCGUUCCGUUGACAGAUAUGAAAAGAAUAAAAAAAUAACCCAAUUACUAUGGAGAAAUAAAUUCGAAGAGAAUGUAAUACUUCAGAAUCAGAUACAUGACAUGUUAAAAAUGUACUUCUUCGAAACUGACACAGCACUAUUCAAAUUUCUCUCCAAUUGGCUAAAAGACAAUAACUUCGAAAACUCAGACUGGACUAAAAAGAAUAUAAAACUUAAGUCUCAACUUUUGUACAAACUAUUAUAUGAAGUAUACUUGAAUACUAGAUUCAUCUCAAAUUUAACCGCUGAAUAUACAAUAAAUUCCAGCUACACAUACAAAGAUCGUUCCAUAAUCGAACAGGGCACAACAUUAGAAACCAUUGUCAAAGAUUACACUCAUCAAAAAUCAGAAUAUUUGGUUACAUUUCAGGAUUUUUAUGCAAUAAGAAAUUACGCCACUACUGGUCACAUGAGAAUAACCUCAGACACAAUGGAAGCAAAAUUAAUGAAACUUGCUUUAUACAAAUUAUCAAUAAGACAAUAUGAGGAUCCAUUCGAUGAAUUUCAUUUGAACCUAUAUCGCUUUGAUUCGAUACCUCAAGAUCUUUUUCAGAAACACUUCCUUAAGGAUUGGAUACAUACAGGAAAAUUGGUUACUUUUCAAAAAUUUACGCUGACAUCAACAAGUAAAGAGGCUGCGUUAAGAUUUGCCGGAUAUCCGCAAUUUGGUUUUAGAAAUAUUCUGUAUGAAAUAAAAUUUUCUGGUCGUUACUUGAGAGCACAAAUUGAAUUUGAAAUAAAAAAAAUCCAAAGUUUUAAGGAAAGAAAAGUAAUUCUUCUACCUGGUUGUGAAUUUAAUAUUGAAAGAGUUGCAAUAGCGUCUAGUGAAAAUAAAAUUGGACAAUAUUUUCAGAUUGUUUUAAAGGCUAAACCGACAAGUUAUGAUAAAUUUAGUGUGUAUGAAAGUGUCCUGAGUCAAAUUGAUAAAAUCAAUUUAUAAUUCUUUUUAAUCUCGUAUACUAAAAUUUAUUCUAAAUUGUAUUACUAUUUUGAAAAAAUAAAAAAAUAAACUAAUGGAUAUGCAAA